AUGGAGGGCAGCGUCAACAGGGAAGAGGGAACAGCAAUCUCGGGCCAGGCCAUCAUCGAGGCAUAUCAUUCGGGCGACGUGGAUGGUGCAAUAACCUACGGGAAAAUAUGCAAAGCAGUAGACUUGCUGAGUCGUUGGCAACCGAAAGCAGCUUGUGAAUUCUUGCUGCAAUUCGUGGAUAUCGCUUAUCUACUGGAUCAUCGCUGCAAGGAGCUUGUACUCAAAUUUGCGGUUUGUUUUCAUGUCUCAUGUGACUGCUACAGCAAGUUACGCACCACAAUUGAAUUGUAUAUCGCUGCAGUUCCGUAA